AUGUAUACCUCCCAGAAAUAUCUCCCACGUAUUCCUCCCAGAAAUAACUCCCACAUCUACCUCCCAGAAAUACCUCACACAUAUACCCCCCAGAAAUACCUCCCACGUAUACCUCCCAGAAAUAUCUCCCACGUAUUCCUCCCAGAAAUAACUACCACAUAUUCCUCCCAGAAAUACCUCACACAUACACCUCCCAGAAAUACCUCCAACAUACACCUCUCAGAAAUACCUCCAACAUCUCUUUUCUGCCUUUUUCUCUCUGUCUGUCUGUCUGUCUCUUUCUCUCUCUCUCUCUCUCUCUCUCUCUCUAUCUAUCUAUCUAUCUAUCUAUCUUUCUCGCUUUCGUUUUAUUCUACUUUUCCUCUUCCUAUCUCCGGAUGUGCAGAGGAUUUCAACUCUGAGAAUGAUGAUAAUGCCGCUGGUGGUCUGCAUAACUAUCACAAAUAUGAGGCCACAAGUCGGACUCCACCCAUCAAUCUCGCAGCAUAG